CCUGGAGGUUAGCGCCUACUUUCCUAAUGGCUAGCUGCGACUCUCCACUGCUCACCCAGUUUUACGCAGUUUGCAUGACAUUUUACAGCUAAAUCGACCUGGAAGACUGAAAUCUCUCCAGCCACAUUCAGCUCGGCGGGUUUUUGUCGUUUUGUCGAGCCAUGUAGCGAGGAUACGACGCCUGGGGAGUAACAAACAUUGAGUCAGUGUUGCGUGUUGUGCACUGCCACUUUCAACCAAAACAAUGUUGACAGACGACCUGUGGACACAUACCAACAAUCAGUCAUUUCAAGGAUGGAUAACAGUGGAGUGAAGAAGAAAUCAUAUAGAAGAGAUGACCAUUUAAGCAAAUUGGUCUACACUGAAAGCCCUGAGGAGGGAGGUCUGUUAAAAGUGGCUCCUCACAGUGCUGUGUCCAUCGCCUCUGCCACCUCAGUCGUUCUUCCAUCCAGCCCGUUGAUGCAGCCAGGACAGGUGCCUAACGGCCUCAGCAACAGCCCGCUUCCAGAGGAGCUCACCUCCGCCUCUAUCACAGCAACCGUAGGCCCCUUGUUGGAAGACCCAGAGCCCAGGGUGCUGACCAAAGAUCAGAAGCUUCUUCAGCAGCAGACUCAGACUUCCACUAUAUUUGGGCGUCAAACCUUGAGGGAAAAUCUGCCCCAGUUGGAGGCCAGUAUAGCAGACAUUAGCCAGUCCUGCAUGGAUUCACUUAUUGGGGGAUCAGAUCCCAAUUUCUUUCACAUGAAAACAGAGGAUUUCUCCAUGGAUAAAGGAGACCAGGAUCCCAUUGACCUUGAUCAUGCCUUUGAUCACAUUGGGAAAGAUGUGGAUGUGAACCAGAAAUUUUUCAGUGACAACACUCUGGACCUGCUCCAAGACUUUGAGCUCACUGGGUCCCCCUCAGAUUUUUAUGUCGGGGAUGACGCCUUCCUAUCCACUCUGGCAGACGAUUCUCUGCUUGGGGACGUUAGCUCAGAGAGGGACAUAAAACCCACCGUGGUUGAGAGCGUUAAUGGCAGUGGGGCAAUCUCUGUUGCUCUCAAUGGCAACACAAUCACAUGUCCAGAUCAGUCCAGCUCUAGUGUAGCCACAACUGCCUCCUUAACACCUACAACCACUUUGUCUGCAUUGGUGAAGAAAGAAAAAGAUGCUGGCUUCAUCCAGCUCUGCACCCCAGGUGUGAUCAAACAGGAGAAGACAUCCACAGGUCAGAGUUAUUGCCAAAUAAGCGGCACAUCCUCCACAGACAUGCCCAGCCCUAACCCCAUCUCCAUCUGUGGGGUCAGCACUUCAGGAGGACAGAGCUACUGCUUUGGAGUCAACGCCAUCAGCAAUGAAGCUCAGCAGCAGAAGACUCAGAAGCCGUUGUCCAGCCAGUACCUCCCAGUGACAACCAUUGGUGGGGCCUGGAGCAGAGUCCAGGGUAUUGGGGACAACUCUGCAAUGCUCAGGGCCAGCGAGCCUUUCUCAAGCUCUCCCUCUUACCCCACCAGCUUUGCCAGACAAGAAGUCAGUGCGGCUACAUCCUCACCACAGGGAAAGAGCGGGACUCAUAAAAUCUGCCUGGUGUGCUCUGAUGAGGCCUCAGGCUGCCACUAUGGCGUUCUCACCUGUGGCAGCUGCAAGGUCUUCUUCAAGAGAGCAGUGGAAGGGCAGCAUAAUUACCUGUGUGCUGGGAGGAACGACUGCAUAAUAGACAAGAUCAGGAGGAAGAACUGCCCGGCUUGCCGCUUCCGCAAGUGUCUGAUGGCAGGCAUGAACCUGGAAGCGCGCAAAACCAAGAAGUUGAACCGCUUAAAGGGCACCCAGCCGAGCAACCCGCCUGAGCUCACUCCUUCUCCGCCAAUUGAGGCAAGGUCCCUUGUACCCAAGUGCAUGCCUCAACUUGUUCCCACGAUGCUGUCCCUGCUGAAGGCCAUCGAGCCGGACACCAUCUAUGCCGGCUAUGACAGCACCCUGCCCGACACCUCCACCCGCCUCAUGACCACCCUCAACAGGCUGGGUGGCCGGCAGGUCAUCUCUGCUGUGAAGUGGGCCAAGGCUCUGCCAGGUUUCAGGAACCUGCAUCUGGACGACCAGAUGACUCUGCUGCAGUGCUCCUGGCUCUUCCUCAUGUCUUUCGGUCUGGGCUGGAGAUCUUACCAGCAGUGCAACGGCAACAUGCUUUGCUUUGCACCAGACCUCGUCAUCAACGAGGAGAGGAUGAAGCUGCCCUACAUGGCCGACCAGUGUGAGCAGAUGCUGAAGAUUUCCAGCGAGUUCGUCCGGCUGCAGGUUUCCCACGACGAGUAUCUGUGCAUGAAGGUCCUGCUGCUGCUCAGCACAGUGCCAAAGGACGGUCUGAAGAGCCAGGCGGUGUUCGAUGAUAUUCGGAUGACGUACAUUAAGGAGCUGGGGAAAGCCAUUGUGAAGCGCGAGGAGAACUCCAGCCAGAACUGGCAGCGUUUCUAUCAGCUCACCAAGCUGCUGGACUCCAUGCAUGAGCUGGUCGGUGGACUGCUCAGCUUCUGCUUCUACACCUUUGUGAAUAAAUCCCUGAGUGUGGAGUUCCCGGAGAUGCUCGCCGAGAUCAUCAGCAACCAGUUACCAAAAUUCAAGGCCGGAAGCGUCAAACCUCUCCUCUUCCACCAGAGAUGACUGUGCCCCGUAACAGACACAAUGCCUUAAAAUCCCACCACAUCACCUCACCAAUUUCUCCCCCACCCCCACUCCCAACCCACCCCCCCAAAGAGCGAUGAUAAAAGAAACGAGGAUCCAAGGCGAGGAGCGAGCAAUGUUCCUGGGAGCGAGUAUGCAACUUUGUGUAGUGGCUUACAAGUCUGGAGGGAGAGAGACUGGAGACGUUUGUGUAGAAACCAGACAGCGAGCACAGAGAUUUGUUUUGUUGAGCAGUCUAAGAUGUUGUGUAUAACAAGUAGGAAAUGUUUGUAAGAUAAAAGAUAAUCACAAAGAGAUAUAGGCUAACAUCCACGUUGUCUCAGGUUUCUUACCUUCAAAUACAGAACGAUAUCUAAGGUAGAUAAAACAAAUAUCUAUGUACAGGUUCUGAUAGUAUUUUCUACAUUUUCAAAUGGUAACAGUUUAUACAAUUUUCCAGGUCAUUGUUACCUGGAAAGGUAACAAAGCUUAAUUAAUAACAUGCUCUUAAGUAGGCUUUUAGACUGUAUGUUCCUCUUUUAGUUUUUAUAGGUUGUAAAAAAAAAAAAAAAGUUUAUCAGUCAUAUGGGGAGAAAACUCUGUUUUCCAGUCAUUUAAAAAGCGUAUUUCAUUGCUUUGAUUGGACGUAAGAAAACAAUUCUGUUGGAUUGUUACUCGACGUCCAUCAUUAAAAGGAUGAUUUCUCCCAAGGGCCGACCUCUUCCAGGUUUACACACGUCUAUUAUAAAAGGGAAAAAAAUAUGUGCCUUUUUUGCUUCAAAUAUCAUCUUAGCCAUCUCUUCCUUCCUGUUAAAGGUGUGGUCUCUUUAACCCACUAUGGUCUACCUUCAUCGUAUCUUGAUUGUACUCUUUAUGUUACAUGCAGUCGCAAGUUUUCCUUUUUUUCUAAAUGGCUGUGUUUAUCUUUAGAAGUGGCAGCUCGGCCCAUCCUCUGCGUGUAGAAAAUUAUCCUCACCUAUAAGACAGAAUAUUCGAAGCCUGCUUCCUUUCACGCAAUCUCCCGCACACUCAACUCCUUAAGUGCGAUUCGAGCACUUUGUACCCUGCUAAAGGCUUUAAAAGACUGUGAAGAAAGACUGUUACGCUGUACCAGUCUUUGCUAUAUGACUUUAGAUGGAAGUUUGAAAAACUUUUCUAUAGGACGUAGCCGACUUUGAUGUUUAUUUUAGCCCCCGAUCCUGUCCCGAUAGUCUAAUAAUGGAAUGUGUUAGAUACCUGCGUCUACCAAUCAGAGAAGAGAGGGCAUAUUUUAUUGUGUUUGCAAGAUUGUCUUUUUUUGUUUCAUCAGGAAAACAGAUUUCUGUGGUUCUAACAUGGUCAAACUGGUUGGAAAAUAACCGUCCUUCAUUUUUUAUUUCUUUUUACGGUCUGUUUUGUAAAACUGACAAACAUGGAGUCAUGAUCCUUCUCUGACAGUGUGUUGGAGUACUUUGGAUAGUAACUUACUGAAAGCCUUUGCAUUGUCGCAUUGCUAUAUUUGUUAAAGGAAUAGUUUAAUGUCCCGGGAGAUGCAUUUAUUUGCUUUCAUGCUGAGAUAGAUGAGAAGACUGACACCACGUGUAUGUUUGUAGGGUAAAUAUGUAGCUGCAGCCAACAGCUUGUUAGCUUUAGCGUAGCAUUAAGACGGGAAAUGAGGAAAAUGGCUGACCUCGCUCUGUCAGAAGGGAACAAAAUCUGCCUACCAGCACCUCUAAAGCUUGGUUAAACUCAUGCUAUAUGUCAUUUGUUUAAUCUGUACGAGUAAUGGCUUUUUUUUCUUGCAUUUCUAUUCAUCCUGCCCAGUUGCGUAUAAGCAGAUAGGCUUCAUUAAUAGUUUUAUACAAUUUGUAGAACUAGAUUUCAGUGGAGGCUGCAUAGGAUUGUUUAAAAUGCAUGUAAACCAAAUAUGUGAAAACAUGAGAACAUUUGAAUGUUUGAAACGGAACAAAAAAAAGAUAUUUGGUACAACCCCACAUAAAACAAAGAAUACAAACAACAAUUUGCAGUUUUUCUAGGGUUAUGUGCUGAACUAUUUGUGCGUUACAUUACGCUUAUAUGUCACCUCGUUUCCCUAACUGGCGUCUCUUGCUCGCGUCUUAGCUCCUCCCAGCAAGGAUGAGAGAGAGAGAUGCGAGUAAAAGACACGAGGGCGGUGGAUCCAAAGCUGCCAAAUGAGAAAUGCUUGGUUCCAUAGUGUCAGUCUAAGGCUGCGUCAGUUGCUGUGCCAAAUGUAGAGGUGCAGCAUUUAUACAUCACGUCACUUACGUUACUUAGGAUACACUCAUGUUUCCUUGCUUUAAGUUUCUCCAAAAGCCUCCUCUCUCCACCCCUGUGAAGACCAUUUAAGGUAUGGGAAGAUGAUGAGGAGAAAGGACAUGAGGAAGCAUAUGUUAGCAUAAUGAAAAGCAGUCUGUGUCUUUGCCAGGACUAGUUACUUCCUUUCUUUAAGUGUUCUUCAGUUUUGGUAGUGAUUAAACAAAUGAGAUGAAACAUGUAUUGCUGAGCUGCAGAGUUAGCAAGUACAUUCUGUUGCCUUUCGACAGAGCCAGGCAAGCUGUUUCCCCGCCUGCUUCCAGUCUGUAUGAGCUAACUGGCUCCUGGCCAUGGCUUCAUAGUCUCUAUACAGGCAUGAGAGUACUAUCAGUCUUUUCAUAACUCUUGACAAGUGAGUGAAUGAGUGCAUGUCCCAAAGUGUUGAACUCUUCCUUUUUAAAAUGAACGGUUUGUAUAAUAGACAGCUUGUGUAUACAGCUUUUUGGAUCAGGCAGAUUCAUUACCCUGUAAACCUCCCACAGCUGCUGAUAACCUACGACCCCUCCUGUUGAAGCCUUCUGCUCCUUUAAUGCCCCGUAGGCACCUUGUCUUCAUGUCUGUGUUUAGUACAUUUACACAUUUAUUUGUCUGUCCGUUAGUUAGUCGAGUCCCAGUGUUCGAAAGCACUUAGCAUCAGUCACCUCACUGAGUCAUGUCGUAGUGAAAGCAUGGCGUCACUGACUGGGGAGGCGGGCAAAAUGGAUCCUUUUUAAUUCUCUGGGAACUAUUUCAGUGCCAAACUCCGGUUUUGUCUGUUUUCAGUGAUGCUCAGAGUUGGUCAGUGUUUUUUAUCAGAAGAAGGAAAUCGAUUUUCCUGAGUUAUCUGAGCUUCUGUCAGCCAUAUUGAGGUCAUUAUUAAUGAGCGAUAACCGAGCUGUAUUCGUAACACAAGGCACUUACAGCUGUGAUCACACAGAGGAACGUAGGUCUGUCAGUAUCUGCGUGUCGUGUGAGUAAAUUUGAAAUGUGCUGUGACAUUUUCAUCAGUUGUCAGCUCAGUUUGUCUUGUUGUUUGUGUUCAAAGCACAAAAUAAUCCAGGUUUUGAAAUGAAUGUUAACCUUAAAGAGGAAUUUAUUUAAGUGACGCCCUGCCAAUUUGAAAUAAUUGGAUAAAUAUGUCAAGUGAGCGACUACAAAGUGCUCAUUUCAAUCAAACAAUCAAUUUUAUUUUUAAAGCCCAAUAUCACAAAUCACAAUUUAAAUACGGAAAAUUGUUUUGCUAUCCCAACAAAUUUAAAAGCACUCGUUAUGAAUUUUGCUCCCGCGCUCAGGUUGUUGAAAUUCACACAGUAUGUGGUUGUCCAUGUUUAGUCGCUUUAGACUUUCAGAACCAAAAACAGUCAGUUUCCCAAAAUGUGUCUGCCUCUGUGAUUUAUGGUGUUUCUCCUUUUCAUUGUCAGGAUUAGCAAAGUUGUAGGAAUGUGCUGCCACUGUUGUCUUUCACACCCCGACUCAGAAGACAGAUAUUUACUAUUUUUUUCUUUCUGAUGUUUAUUCAAAAUAGUCAAAAACAUCUUCAUUAAUUGCAUAGGGGUUACUCAUGGGUUACUUUCACAUUCAGUGUAUCCAUAUCUCCGCUGCUGCUGCUCUUCAUUAUAAAUCGCACACUUGCCUCUUCUCACUCAAAAAUGUAUCCUUGCUUACUUUCUUGUGCAUUUUUGAGGAGGACAACUAAAUAUGCAAUAGAAAUGACAGAUUAUCUGUCAACAUCACAUAACAAGAUGUUGCUUCCUUUUCUUUUUUUGUUUUAAUUUAGUCUUUUUUCCAGUAUAAGCUAUUUGCAUACAGGAGAUUCAGUUAACAUUAUCUCUGCAGGCCAGAUUUUCAGGAAAAGAUACACUUCUUCAGUACACAGUCGAGUACACAGUCGACAGACUGCACACAAUAAGCCUAUUUGAUGUUUGACUACAAGGUGACCAAAGCAAGCACAGACAAAUUCAACACGUGUCCGUGUCAACUACGUAGCUCCUAGAGGACAAAUGUACAGUUCUUUGUUUUGUGUAUUAAACACAUUUUCUUUCUUUCUUUCUUUCUUUUUUUCUUUCUUUCUUUUUUUACUCUAACAUGACAGCUUUGGUCAAAUUGUGUAAUACUGUGAAUAGGAUAGGAGUCAGUCUAUUUCACACACAAACUGUUUGUGAAAGUAAUCAACCAGCUUGAAUCUAAAAAAACAAAACAAAAAAAGAUUUGCACUACCCAAAUAUUGUUUGAAAAUCUAUUUUGUAUAGAACAUAUGCAGACAUUAACUUUUCAGAAUUAUCAAGGGCAGAUCAUGUUUCACUGGUAUAUGCUUUCUCUAAAAAACGAAGAAAAAAAAACAUUUGUUUUGCUUACAAAUUUGAAUAUGUACAUAUAAUCCAUUGUAAAGAAAAUGUGGUGUAUUUGUCUCCAAAUAAUAGUUUUUCUAUACCUACCCCUGCUGUAUUAUUUCUCCUCUGUAGUGUGACUCCUGUUGAUCUUUUCCUCCAUUGAUUAAAGGUCAAACUGUAUGUCUUUGUGUGGUACUUCCCAAAACAAGGAACUGUAUGCUGAUGUUUGCCAUGAUAUUAACUCGAUGAUACUGAACUAUGGAAACGGUAAGCUCAUUGUAAGACACCUCUCAUUAUCACAGCAAGCACUUGUUCAUCAAAUAAAUACGCUUUUCCAUUCUGA